AUGUUUCUGGAAAGCUGUAUCAACUCGUUAGAGGCUUCCGUUGAGCUCUUGGAUUCUUCAACGGAAGUCUUGAGUCGGGCGACUACCUCUUUUCCCAAGUUAUCUACCAUUCUCAAGACCAACAGGGUAUUUGGGUUGAUCCCAGAAGCAGAUGUACUGCAAUCAAAAAAAACUCUGCGACAUUCGGUAGAGCCGAAUAUCGUUCUGCUACUCAAUCGACUGGACCAUGAAUUGGUCAAGCUUGAAAGAAAACGUAACAGCCUGAUACGAAAGUGUGAAUUAAACAAAAUUCGACUAGAGAAUGUUAGUUCGUUGAGGAAAAAAAGAUUAUCAUCGGGCAUUCCUUCCAGAUUGGAGCUACUUCGAUCUAAAAGGCGGCAGCUAGAAUAUCAAGUGCAGGAGAGGAACAGCUUGCAAGAAAACAAACAUACAGAGGAAAUUAGAGAAGAUUGA